AUGCCUCUAACUGAAAAACCUCUAUCUGUUAAAGUUAACGCCUGUCUAUUCGAUGUCGAUGGUACUAUUAUCAUCUCUCAACCAGCUAUUGCUGCUAUGUGGAGAGAUUUCGGUAAAGAUAAACCAUACUUCGAUGCCGAACAUGUUAUCCACAUCUCUCACGGUUGGAGAACUUACGAUGCCAUCGCUAAAUUCGCUCCAGAUUUCGCUGAUGAAAAAUUCGUCGCUGAAUUAGAAGGUUCUAUCCCAGAUAAAUUCGGUGAACAUUCUAUUGAAGUUCCAGGUGCCGUUAAAUUAUGUAACGAAUUAAAUCAAUUACCAAAGGAAAAAUGGGCUGUUGCUACUUCUGGUACUUGGGAAAUGGCUCACAAAUGGUUCGAUCUCCUACAUAUUAAAAGACCAUCCAAUUUCAUUACUGCUGGUGAUGUUAAGAAUGGUAAGCCACAUCCAGAACCUUACACCAAGGGUAGAAAUGGUCUAGGUUUCCCAGUUAACGAACAAGACCCAUCUAAAUCUAAGGUCUUUGUCUUCGAAGAUGCUCCAGCUGGUAUUGCUGCCGGUAAGGCCGCUGGUUGUAAGAUUGUUGGUAUUGCUACCACUUUCGAUCUAGAAUUCUUAAUUGAAAAGGGUUGUGAUAUUAUUGUCAAGAACCAUGAAUCUAUUAAGGUUGGUGGUUACGAUCCAGAAACUGAUGAAGUUGAAUUAAUCUUCACUGAUUACUUGUACGCUAAGGAUGACUUACUAAAAUGGUAA